CAUAAGUCAAGCAGAAACUUACACCGUGAGCAUUUGGCAGGUAUUAGGAUAUUAUAAACGUUGCAGCGCAAAAAGCAUUGUUAUUGUUGUUAUGUCACGUUACAAGUCUCUACUAAAUUUUCUACAGUAUCUCUUCUGAGUGAGAGACUCUCGGACACUCAAAGAUUGAUACUGAAGUAUGGCUGCAGUUCAUCCUGGUCAGUACCGAGGUCCCUGCAAGCGGGGAAUAUUUGCACUGUCAAGUUGGAAAGUUCCACUAAAGCGUCCUGCAAGUUUGAAGGAAGCAAAAACAGAAGUGAGAGACUGGAGACCUGACCAGGAACUGAUGUUGAAGUAUAAGUAUGAAGGGAAUGCCGCCAGUCCCCUCGGCAAGGAGUUAAGUGUGAAACAGAAAGAUGUGGUUCAUUUUGUUAAACGAUACGAUGAACACUGGAUAUGUGUAAGAAACGAGCAGGGAGAGGAGGGAUUUAUACCCGAUAGAUAUGUUAUGGCAAAUCCAGACAGUGUGAAGAGUUUACCUUGGUUAGAUCAGAAGAAUAUUGAAGAGAAUGUCAAACAGGAGGCAGCUGAAUACAAACCGUAUAAGUCGGCUUACGCACCCAAGGAAAAGGACACGGAUAAUACAGAGGUGGAUGCAAGCCAGUAUUAUUGCCGAGUUUGUGAUAAACAGCUGAACGGACCAAUCCCCUACCAGGUUCAUUUAAACAGUAAGGCUCAUAAGGAAGAGAUGGAAGUACAAGCGAGUUAUGAUUGAGAUAGAAUAUUUUGGAGACAGUCUAGAGCGUGGAGAAGUUUUCUGAGCAGUACAGAUAUAGUUGGUGUUUCAUUGCAAAGUUUAAAAUGUUGCCAUAAUUUGAUUGUCUUUGUGUCAAUCAUUUUGAAGACUGGAAAACAGUUGUUGGCAUGUUGCACAGAGAACAUUAUGGAGAAGAAAAUGAACAAAAGACUGUUGUAUCAUUUUUAUGUUUUUGAGAACAUUUUGUAUUUGGUUUACAUACCUAUCGGAGAACAGUUCUUUUUCUAUAAAUAAUCAGUGCACAAACAAAAGCUUUUAAAACUUUGUUUUUGACAGGAAUCUUCUAUGGGUGAAAUAGAACAGUCCUAAGUUGAUUUUUAUUUUUUCCACUUAUUAAUAAGUGAUAUUUGGGGGAUAUUGAAAUUAAUGCUCAGAUGGAGUGACUGUAUUUUGAAGUUACAAGUAACAGCGAUUAGUUACUCGACUUGUUUCCUUGACAUCCAAAUGGUUAAUACUAUUAUAAUAUAGUUGGCUGUAUAGAGUUUUUGUCUUGGAAUUGUUUUUGCAUUUUACAUAUUUUCCAGUCAUUUUUGCUAUGACCGUGUAUCAGUCAUACUGUAAUUAUUUGAUUCUUGUCAAUGAUCUCAGAAGUUCAUACCAGGGUUUCCUUGUUCAUUGUUUGUAUGAAUAUAUACGGUAUACAUACCAUCUGUUAAAUGUAUGCAUAUAAGGCAGUAUUUUCAAAUGUAUGAACACCAGAAAAAAUCCUCUUAAUUCAAAAUAAACCCGUUUUCAUCAAAAUGUUUUAGACAUUUAAUUUAAUGAUUUUACCCUGGGUGCCAACAAUUUCAAAUACAGUAAAACACCACUCGCUCGAGGUCGCAAGGGGAUGAGCAAAAUGAGUUAUCAAUGGUUUCGAGCGACCUGAACAUUGGCCAACAUAAGUAGAAAAUAAAAUUUUGUUUUACCAAUUGUCAUCGGGAUCAUUUGCAGACUAAACGGUGAUGCGUAAUAAUAACAUACUUGUAUCAUAGCUCGGUGUUUUUUCUUAACAAAUUUGGUGCAGGUAAUUCGUAUACUCUUGAGUACAGAGUGCGGUAACUAAAAGUGUGCAGGUAUUUAAUACCCGCACGCUAGCUAGCAGUAGAUAGCAAAGUGUAUUUUAUUGAUUUUCUGCUCUAGCAUUGGUUUAUUUUACCUGGGCUUUACACAUUUGUAAAGCAAGGAUUUUAAGUACUCACUGAACUGCUGUAUAUGGCAAUGUGGACCGCCUAAAACUACCAUAUAUGGAUUUCUAUGAUACAAAACAGAAAGAACAUUAAAACUCUCAAGUAAAAGAUUUAUACUCGGGCGCUACGCCCCCUCGUACAAAUUGUUUACCCUCUAGUUUCAAUGCUCUUUCUUUUACUUGUGACAUUAAAAAGAAGUAUUAAAAAUGUUCUCUAUGAUAGACAUUUCAAUAUUUAAUUUGUAAAUGACACAUAUGAACUUUUUUUAUUUUCAUUUAUCAAUAAGUGCAUAUCAAAAUUAUCGUCUCAAUUUUAUGAAAAGUCUAUAUCAUUUCCAUCAUUUGCAUGCAAACAACUGCUGAUUAAAAUACUAAGAUUUCAUAACGAUCAAUUAUUGAUAACUUAAAACUUCUUUUCUGCAGGAUCGAGAUCCCGCAGAAAAGAAGUUUUGAUUACUCAAUCCCGCAGAAAAGAAGUAAGUUUUAAGUAAUCAAUAAUUGAUCGAUAUUUGAUCAAUAGAACUUAUCUUCAACCUUUUAUCAAUAAUUAAUCUCAUUAAUCAGAUCAAAUAUACCGAUAAACAAACAUUUAGGAUAGUCAUGGAAUAGAUCACAGACACUUGGUGGUCAGCACCCCUCCCCCUCCCAUGCCGCCCCUGACAACCUUCAGUCAAUACAUUUUUGUUUUUUAAAACAAACUGAGCACAUGUCUUGAUCAUCCAACGACUUCUGUUACCAUUUCAACAUGUUUGAAAAAUUCCCAUACUCUAUCAAUGCUCAAAAAAACUAAAGACAACUUACUUCGCAAUGUAAACACGAUUUUCUUGUCCAAGGAAUAGGAGAAUAGAUCCCAGCUUGAUGUUGCGCAGUCAAAUUUACUACACAGAGCCGGGAUACAGACGAUAUCUUAGCGGUUAAAAUAAAAAUACUUGCUAAGAAAGUCAACUGCCGCGAUGGUCGAGAUAGAACGUUUUUGGGCAGGGCCACGGGUUCGCUCCGCGCUUCGGGCAUUCUUUUUUAGCUCACCUGUCACAAAGUGACAAGGUGAGCUUUUGUGAUCGCGCGGCGUCCGUCCGUGCGUCCGUAAACUUUUGCUUGUGACCACUCUAGAGGUCACAUUUUUCAUGGGAUCUUUAUGAAAGUUGGUCAGAAUGUUCACCUUGAUGAUAUCUAGGUCAAGUUCGAAACUGGGUCACGUGCCAUCAAAAACUAGGUCAGUAGGUCUAAAAAUAGAAAAACCUUGUGACCUCUCUAGAGGCCAUAUAUUUCACAAGAUCUUCAUUAAAAUUGGUCAGAAUGUUCACCUUGAUGAUAUCUAGGUCAAGUUCGAAACUGGGUCAUGUGGGAUCAAAAACUAGGUCAGAAGGUCUAAAAAUAGAAAAACCUUGUGACCUCUCUAGAGGCCAUAUUUUUCAUGAGAUCUUCAUGAAUAUUGGUCAGAAUGUUCACCUUGAUGAUAUCUAGGUCAAGUUCGAAACUGGGUCACGUGGGGUCAAAAACUAGGUCAUUAGGUCUUAAAAUAGAAAAACCUUUUGACCUCUCUAGAGGCCAUAUUUCUCAAUGGAUCUUCAUGAAAAUUGGUCAGAAUGUUCACCUUGAUGAUAUCUAGGUCAAGUUCGAAACUGGGUCACAUGGGGGUAAAAACUAGGUCAGUAGAUCUAAAAAUAGAAAAGCCUUGUGACCUCUCUAGAGGCCAUAUUUUUCAUGAGAUCUUCAUGAAUUAUGGUCAGAAUGUUCACCUUGAUGAUAUCUAGGUCAAGUUUGAAACUGGGUCAUGUUUGAUCAAAAACUAGGUCAGUAGGUCUAAAAAUAGAAAAACCUUGUGACCUCUCUAGAGGCCAUAUAUCUCAAUGGAUCUUCAUGAAAAUUGGUCAGAUUGUUCACCUUGAUGAUAUCUAGGUCAAGUUCGAAACUGGGUCACGUGCGGUCAAAAACUAGGUCAGUAGGUCUAAAAAUAGAAAAACCUUCUGACCUCUCUAGAGGCCAUAUUUUUCAAUGGAUCUUCAGCAAAAUUGGUCAGAAUGUUUACCUUGAUGAUAUCUAGAUCAAGUUCGAAACUGGGUCAUGUGGGGUUAAAAACUAGGUCAGUAGGUCUAAAAAUAGAAAAACCUUGUGACCUCUCUAGAGGCCAUAUUUUUCAUGAGAUCUUCAUGAAUAUUGGUCAGAAUGUUCACCUUGAUGAUAUCUAGGUCAGGUUCGAAACUGGGUCACGUGGGGUCAAAAACUAGGUCAGUAGGUCUAAAAAUAGAAAAACCUGUGACCUCCCUAGAGGCCAUAUUACUCAAUGGAUCUUCAUGAAAACUGGUGAGAAUGUUCAGCUUGAUGAUAUCUAGGUCAGGUUCGUAACUGGGUCAUGUGCGGUCAAAAACUAGGUCAGUAGGUCGAAAAAUACAAAAACCUUGUGACCUCUCUAGAGGCCAUAUUUUUCAUGAGAUCUUCAUGAAAAUUGGUGAGAAUGUUCACCUUAAUGAUAUCUAGGUCAAGUUUAAAAGUGGGUCACGUGCCUUCAAAAACUAGGUCAUUAGGUCAAAUAAUAGAAAAAGCUUGUGACCUCUCUAGAGGCCAUAUUUUUCAAUGGAUCUUCAUGAAAAUUGGUCAGAAUUUUUUAUCUUGAUGAUAUCUAGGUCACAUGUGCUCAAAAACUAGGUCACUAUGUUAAAUAAUAGAAAUAACGACGUCAUACUCAGUUCAACACUUGGUCAUGUGGGGAUAGGUGAGCGAUUCAGGACCAUCAUGGUCCUCUUGUUAAUAUAAUAUUUUCAUUUUCUUUUUAAACAAUAUACAGUAUUCUCAAGAUAUAAAAACAAAAAUAUCUAAAAAAAGAAAAAAAGUUCGCCCAUAGCGCGGCCUGCCCAAAAAUAAGCUCAGAGAACCAGUAUCUGUACUCUCUCGGCUACCACGGCAGUUGACGUCAUGAACGAGUAAAUUUAUUUUAACCACUAACGAUAUUGUCUGUGUCCCGGCUCUGUGUAGUAAAUUUGACAUCAAGCUGGGAUCUAUUCUCCUAUUCCUCGGACAAGCUAUUUUGUGUUGAAAACGCUGGGAGUAAGUUGUCUUUAGUUUUUCUGAGCAUUGAUAGUACAUGGGAGAUUUUUUCAAACAUACUGAAAUGGUAACAGAAGUUGUUGUAUGAUCGAGACAUGUGCUCAGUUUGAUAUAAAAAGCGAAAACAUAUUGGUUGAAGGUUGGCAGGGGCGGAAUGGGAGGGGGGACAGGUUCUGACCCCCAAGUGUCUGUGGAAUAGACCACACAAUUCUCACGGCGUGUGAAAAUUUUUAAUUAACCGAUACAUUCUGACCACCGAAGGUGUGAAAAAUUUUGACACCUCUGCUCGAGUUUGCCAGAAGAAGCAAAUAGUAAAUUAAUACACAGGGACCAGGUGUCAUGCUCGAGCGAUCGAGUUAUCGAUGCUCGAGCCAGCCAUGGUAAUUUCACAUAGAAAAUAGAAGGAAAUCGGCCGGGACCACAUGAAUUGCUCGAGCGAGCCCGGGUACUCGAGUCAUCGAUGCUCGAGCAAGCGGUGUUUCACUGUAUUAGAGGUAUAUCAAGAGUAGGCUGAAUACUUCCUGUAUUGAUCAAUAGUAGGUAGAAAUAAAUUACAGGUACUUUAGGGUAAAACGUUUGUGUAACCUAGGUAAAUGUUACCUAUCCCAGUUAAAAUACUCUUUGUCACAGUAUGUAUUAUUCAAAUGUUGUAUAUAUUUUUGUUGAAGAUUCAGAGAUAUUAAAUAAAAUAUGAAAAGGUU